GCUGGGUUGCGUUCUCCUCUGGCCGACGCAGGCCGAACCGGACCGAGGAGAUUCGAGUGGGGCCGAGGCCGGUGGCACCGCGACCCAGAGCGGAGGUGGCAGGGCGCGCCCCACCCAGCGGCCAGGCGGAGCCUAAGAUGCUGGCUUUUGCCAGGCGGCCCCGCCCGGGCUCCCAGCCGCCUCCGGCCUCGCCCUUUCCGCUGCUGCUGCUGGCGGUGCUGAGCGGCCCGGUAUCCGGCCGCGUUCCCCGCUCGGUUCCCAGGACCUCGCUUCCUAUCUCAGAGGCUGACUCCUAUCUCACCCGGUUCACCGUCCCUCAGACAUACAAUUACUCUGUUCUCCUUGUGGAUCCUGCUUCCCAUACACUUUAUGUCGGCGCCCGGGACACCAUCUUCGCUUUAUCCCUUCCCUUCUCAGGGGAGAGACCCCGCAGGAUUGACUGGAUGGUGCCUGAGGCCCACAGACAGAACUGUAGGAAGAAAGGCAAGAAGGAGGAUGAAUGCCACAAUUUUGUCCAGAUUCUCGCCAUUGCCAAUGCCUCUCACCUCCUCACUUGUGGCACCUUCGCUUUUGACCCGAAGUGCGGGGUUAUUGAUGUGUCCAGUUUCCAGCAGGUUGAAAGACUUGAGAGUGGCCGAGGGAAAUGUCCUUUUGAGCCAGCUCAGCGGUCAGCAGCUGUAAUGGCUGGGGGGAUCCUGUAUGCUGCCACUGUGAAAAACUACUUGGGGACGGAGCCGAUUAUCUCCCGGGCUGUGGGUCGCGCUGAGGACUGGAUUCGGACAGAGACCUUGCCAUCCUGGCUUAACGCCCCAGCCUUUGUUGCAGCUGUGGCCUUGAGCCCAGCCGACUGGGGAGAUGAAGACGGAGAUGAUGAGAUCUACUUCUUCUUUACGGAGACUUCCCGAGCAUUUGACUCGUAUGAGCGCAUUAAGGUCCCACGGGUGGCCCGUGUGUGUGCGGGGGACCUUGGGGGCCGGAAGACCCUCCAGCACAGAUGGACAACAUUUCUGAAGGCUGACUUGCUAUGUCCAGGGCCUGAGCAUGGCCGGGCCUCCAGUGUCCUGCAGGACAUGGCCAUUCUUCGACCUGAGCAUGGAUCGGGGACCCUCAUCUUUUAUGGCAUCUUUUCCUCCCAGUGGGAGGGGGCUGCCAUCUCUGCUGUCUGUGCCUUUCUACCACAAGACAUUCGGACAGUGCUGAAUGGUCCCUUCAGAGAGUUGAAACAUGACUGCAACAGGGGACUGCCUGUCAUGGACAAUGAUGUACCCCAGCCCAGACCUGGAGAGUGCAUCGCCAACAACAUGAAACUCCAGCAGUUUGGCUCAUCACUUUCCCUGCCUGACCGUGUGCUCACCUUCAUCCGGGACCACCCACUCAUGGACAGGCCAGUGUUUCCCGCCGAUGGUCAUCCCCUGCUCGUCACUACAGAUACAGCCUAUCUCAGAAUUGUGGCCCACAGGGUGACCAGCCUCUCAGGGAAAGAGUACGAUGUGCUCUACCUGGGGACAGGUACAUUUCAUAGUCAAGUGAGUUGCCCAUCCAGUGCACACAUGCCCCUGUCACAGAGAGGGUCCCAUACAUAUAGGUGUCAGAGUCCCAGGCACAGGUAUAGCUGUCAUUGUGUCUUGCCCCUUGCCUGCUUCCUAGAGGAUGGACACCUCCACCGAGCAGUGCAGAUUGGAGCCCAGCUCAGCGUCCUGGAGGAUCUGGCCUUAUUCCCUGAGCCACAGCCAAUUGAGAGCAUGAAAUUGUAUCAAAACUGGCUCCUGGUGGGCUCCCAUACUGAGGUGACACAAGUGAACACAACCAACUGUGGCCGUCUCCAGAGCUGCUCAGAGUGCAUCCUGGCCCAAGACCCUGUGUGUGCCUGGAGCUUCCGGCUGGAUGCGUGUGUGGCCCAUGCUGGGGAGCAUGGAGGGUUGGUCCAAGACAUAGAGUCAGCGGAUGUCUCAUCUUUGUGUCCCAAAGAGCCCGGAGAACGCCCAGUAGUGUUUGAAGUUCCUGUGGCUACAGCUGCGCAUGUGGUCUUGCCAUGUUCCCCAAGUUCAGCAUGGGCGUCCUGUGUGUGGCACCGGCCCAGUGGAGUGACUGCACUUACCCCCCGGCGGGAUGGGCUGGAGGUGGUGGUAACCCCAGGAGCCAUGGGUGCUUAUGCCUGUGAAUGUCAGGAGGGUGGUGCUGCCCGUGUGGUGGCUGCUUACAGCUUGGUAUGGGGCAGCCAGCGGGGCCCCUCAAGUCAGGCCCACACAGUAGGGGCGGGACUGGCUGGCUUUGUUCUGGGGGUUCUUGCAGCAUCCCUGACUCUCCUUCUGAUUGGUCGGCGUCAGCAGCGACGGCGACAGAGGGAACUUCUGGCCAGAGACAAGGUGGGCUUGGACCUAGGGGCCCCACCAUCUGGGACCACAAGCUACAGCCAGGACCCUCCCUCUCCUUCUCCUGAAGAUGAGCGGCUGCCCCUGGCCCUGGCCAAGAGGAGCAGUGGCUUUGGUGGCUUCCCUCCCCCCUUCCUGCUUGAUCCUUGCCCGAGCCCAGCCCACAUUCGGCUCACCGGGGCUCCUCUAGCCACAUGUGAUGAAACAUCCAUCUAGGGAAAAUGACCGCUAGUGCAUUGGUAGCCCCUGGAGGGGAAUGACCAUUAAGAUGCUGGGGGUAGUGGGCCUGGAAGACGGUCAUGGCCUCUGGGUUCUCUUUUGGUCUUUGUGUAAUCACUUAGACUUCGUGUCUGCCUACUCUGGGCCUGGCUGGGCUCUGGCCCAAGCCUGUGCUUGAUUUCCUGAUUGCCAUGCGAGAUCAGAGCUGCCCUCUCCAGCAAAUCAGGACUUUUCCCAUGCCUGCCCUCUGAACCGCUGCGACCCCUUCAGCCUUGGCCCCCCAUCUUGGGCCCAUUAGUUUGGGGAUGGGGAACAGAACAUAGCUAUGACUUUGCCUUCUGGUGGGCCCUGGCCGGAAGGAAGGCCCCUAGAGGUGGUGUGGGGCUAGCGUGCAUUGAUCUUUUUGUUCAUUCUCUUUAGUUUAUUGGAUUCUCUGUGGGGAGUGCAUGAUCCCCAUGUCGCAACAUGAAAUCUCUGCCCUGAGAUGUCCCCCAACCCAGUUUUCCUUCUUCUGUAAAAGAGUGUGUGUGUAUACACAGGUGUUCGUUGGAGGCCUGGCCACAUGUGCAUGAAUGACUGGGCCAAUGCUCAGGUGUACUCAUGAGGGGUCAGGAGGGGAAGGUGGGAAUGGAGGCAUUGCCUGCAGAACUUCAGACCCUGCAGGCAGUGAAGGAAUGGCUUUCCUUUCUAAAAGGAAACAAGCCACCACCCCAUCCCCAUCACCUCCUACAACCCUUCUCUUGAGUAGAGAAAAACUCCCCAAGUGACCUUUUGGGUGGGAAGGACAGCGGUACAUGUGACCCCAUCUUUCUCUUUGUUUUUGCCUCCUGGCUGCCACCACUGCCACGCACAGCUGUUCUUUCUCUGGCUGGAGUACAGGCUGGACCGCCUUCUUUGGCUCCCAUUUAAAAAACUUCACAACAUUCUAAGUGUAAGGGACAACAAAAGGGGAAUAGUCAUAGGAAGUAGAAGUUGCAAAAAAAUAGGUUUGUAUCCGUGACUUUACUCAGGUUGACACCCUCGCCCUAAAUCAGAAGUUCUCCACCUGGGGUCCAUGGACUCCCUGAAAUCAUAUGCAAAAUGUUGUCUGUACCUGUGAGUCUGUGUUUUUAUGGGGGUGGGGGGUUAUGGCUUUCAUCAGAUUCUCAAGGCCUUAACAAAGUUAAAGGACCACGCCUCGAGGUCGCCACACAUUGGCCAAGCUGAGGGGUGCCACACAGCGGCAGCUCUUCCUGCCCCACCAUCCCUUCCCUGUGGCCCGCCCUGGACUUGCAGCUGCUGGAUGCCCUCUUGUUUCUCCCAUCCCUGGAAACUGGGCUCUGUGUGUAUUUGAAGAUACUGUCAACUCCUACCAAACAUAAAGACCUCUUCCUGCUUCACAGCUCCCAGAUGCUCUAGGCUUCUCCUGCUCAGUCCUGGUCUUGGCCUGUGUAUGUGCCUCGUUCAUCCCUGGUGGGGGACCCCCUUGAGCUCCAGUGAAUGAUCCAGCCCUUCUCAGUUGAAGUUUCAACUCUACUUACCUUGGCAGCAGCCUGUGAACUACUCAAAAGAGUCCCCUUGGGUUUGGGAUUAUCAGUGGCUUUGCCACUAAUAAGUGUAUGAUUUUCAGCAAGUAAUCUAAUAUAGGAACAUUGGUUUACUCAUCUGUAAAGUGGGGAUAAUAAUACCUACCUCAGGGUUGCUGCAAGGAUUAAAUGGGGAAACAUGUAAACAAUAAAGCGCUAUCUAUUCCAGUAGAUGUUGUUAUUAUAAAAGUUGACCUAUCGUGCCGUAAUCAUAUAGCUUAACCAUAUGAUAACCAUGACACAUGCCAUCAUUUUAAGCUCCAUUCUGUGGAAGAAGGAUCAUUGCCUUACACAGACAUCUUGUCCUGGAUCGUCUCAGGCCAGAUCUUAGCUGCUGGUGUCCAGGUUUUGGGAGGCAGGACCUGUAGUUUUUAUAAUCAGAUGUGCCUGAACUUAGUGACUUUAUUAGUCCUAUAUGAGAAUGGAAGAAGUCUUUGUGUUCUUGGGCUUAUUCUCUUGAGAUUAUGGGUUUGUUCCAUUUUUGGGGGAGGAGGAAAGGUGAGGAGAUGUCAGAGGGGCCUGGGGUCUCUGUGAGGAGGUGGAGGGGACCAGAUCACAGUAGCUUUGGGGCAUUUGGUCCUUGGACAGUGGCUCUGGUUGAGGGGAACCAAGAGGAGAAAUGUAGGAAAAAACGAAGACGAGGGAAAUAGGCACGAAGGGAAAAGAGUCACCUCUUGGUGUAAAGUUCAAGCCCCAGGAAUGAGUGAUAGCACAGGAGUGUGGAGCCAACUCCCAAAGAAAUAGUGUGAAUAACUGCAUGAUCUUUUACCUGCGUGGGAAGGUAGAGAAUCUGUCUGUGGAUAAGAGGGCUCAAGAAAGAUGCAGGGUUCCCUCAGGGAGAAUUGUGAGGAUUCUGGAAGCCAGAGACCUGCCUGGUUUCACACAUUAAAGCAGCCAUGGGGAGGGGGAGGGUUGGGCCUUGUGUUUGUGUUUACCUCCUGAUUGCCCACUUUCUGGCCCUCACUCUUAAAUUCCCCUCUGCUUUUGACUCUGUUCCCUGGUUCAUAAAUUGUGACUCUCAUCUUGCCACCCCUACCCAGUGGUAUGCUGCUACCCACAUGGUCUCACUGAAAGCAGAGUCAGAGAAGGAUGCUUGCUGUUGGCUCUCACAAGCCAAGUGAGCUCCAGGGCACCACUGGCCCUAACCCAGCAGCAGGCAGACUCACUUCCUUUUCCAGGGGCCCUCCUUGUCCCCAGCAGCCCCACAACUUCACUGGUGGCUCAGUGAUGGCAGUAAAGGGAUUCUUUUGGUAUCUGCUAGGCCCUGAUCCUUGUGGCUACUGUGUCCCUGUCAGAGGGGGGCAGUCAUGGCUACAACUGAUGUUUCUUGGUCGACUGCACACAGACUGUGUCUCAAGGGUGUGGGGUAAGACUGGCCUUUUUGGGGCACCUGGGUGGCUUAAGCUUCUGACUCUUGGUUUCGGCUCAGGUUGUGAUCUCAUGGUUCGUGAGCUCGAGCUCUGCAUCAGGCUCUGUGCUGACAGUGGGAGGCUGCUUGAGAUUGUCUCUCCUCUCUCUGCCCUUCCUGCAAGCUCUGUCUCUCUCUU